AUGAACACAUCACAAGAGUUAGUGACCCCUUUAAAUGAAGACAAUAGGAAUACUAAAUUUGCCGUAGAAGUCGAUGGAGCCUUCUCCUGCGUGCACCGAAAAGCUGCUUGCGGAGGAAUUAUCAUGAAUACGGCGCAGGUAGUCAUUGAAGGGUUCACUCAAAAACUGGAACAAGAUGAUCACCUUACGGCGGAACUUUGGGGGUGCUUGUUGGGGUUAAAGCGAGCCUGGGACCUGGUAGAAAGAGACAUUACUUUACGAAGCGACUCAGCUGAAGCUCUUCAGGUUAUUACUGGUGCAGAAAAUCCCCUCCAUGAGGACUGGAACGUGAUUUCUGAAAUCAAGAACAUGAUGAAAAGGGAAUGA